AUUGGCACGUGCCCUUUCGCCACGUGACACCCGGCGUUCUUUCCCGUCUCCUAGCAACCGCGAUGGACCGUGAGGAAGAAGGCCGCGAAUACCUGGCGCAGUACAAAAUCCCGGAACUUCUGCACACCUUGACUGCCUUGUUGCUGUUCUACCGCCCAGACAGGCCCAGGGAGUUUUUGAUAAGGACCCUGGAGAAAAUAAAGUUGGCAAAGCUGACCAAUUCGGAAUAUCCCUGCCUUAUGGAAGAGUCGAACCUGGAUACCAUGUUUGGGAUGCUCGACGUGGAAGGCAGAGGCACCAUAAAUCUAGCGCAGUACAAAGGAGCACUUGAAGCAUUGGGACUAAGUAGUGAGGAUGAACCCUACCAAGAAACGGACUUAAUUACACAAAACGUCUUCAAGGAAAAUGUGAUGAAAAAAAUUGGAGAAAUGUGGGCAUCUUUUUAAUCUCAAUUUGGUGAUGCUGAACCGAUUCCGAUUUUACCUUCUGAAAAAUUAUCGUAUGUAAUGACUGUGUCUGGCUGUGUUAAUUAUAUUACCAUUGUGCAAAAUAUGGAAUUUCAUAUUUCCUUCAUAAAAGUUUAAUUUGUAUAUAACCUUCUUUUGUCAAAUAAAUGCUGAUUGCCUUAUAGUCAAAAUUCAA